GUUGGGUCCCAUCGGCUCGGAGGCUUUGCCGCCCGCGGCCCUGCGCCACUUGCUGCGCGCCCCGAACCCGGACUGGUUCCAGCAGCUGGCCGAGCUCGCUGGAACGAACAACCCAGCUCGUUUGGAAGGCUUCUCCCAGCUUCAGCUCUUCGCAUCGGCCUUGUUGCUGCUCAAGGGCCACAUGGCCACCAACCUGGCUGAGGCCACGGCCGCGGCCUCCUGCUCGGACGGCGCGGGGUUGCACACCGCCCGAAGCCCCGAAGGCGGCUCCAUGGCCUGGCAGGAGCUGCUUUCAGUCCUCCCUCGCUUGCGCCGGGUGAUGCAACGGGACUUUCAGGCGCUGUGUAAGAUCUGCGCGGAGCAUCUACUGCCGCGGGCGCGGCUGGACGCCGUGCGGCGCCUCGGCCAGGCGCUGGCGCGUUUGGGUAGCGAGCCAGUGCAGGAGCCGAGGUCGCCGAGGUCGCCGAGCCACCAGGGCGUGUCGCAGGGGGAGGUCAUGGCUGCGAAGAGCGAGGGCAUGGCACGUCUGCAGAUGACUGAGUCUUCGGGCCCCAGUGCCUUCAGGAAGCCAGCAGUGCAUCGUGGGAAGACGCUGCCAAACCUGACCUCGAUGAUCCGCCGGGACCCGGCCUUCGCCGCGGCGGAGAACGCCAAGGCGGCGGAGUCGGAGGACGAGAUCGCGGAGGUGGAGGACCUGUGAGGCGACGGAGGCGCUGUGCUGUGACCGGCCCGCGCUUUGACUCAACGCCGUCAGGCGGUUGGUG